AUGGAGUCAUCACACAAGUUUUUACCAUCCGUUGUCAUCCUCUUACUGCUCGUUGUUGCUACCGAGGUGGCGCCAACGAAAGCGGAGAGAGAGUGUGAGGUUCAAAGUGGAGAGUUCAAAGGGUUAUGCUUGAUCCAUGACAAUUGCGCCGCUGUGUGCGUUACUGAGGGAUUCACAAGCGGCAGGUGCUCCGGCUGGAACAGAAAGUGCAUGUGCACUAAAUCAUGCUAG